AUGGGCGGCCGCGGCGCGUAUUACAAAGCGAAGUACGGCGGCGGGCGCGGGCGCGGCGGCGGGCGCAAGGGCGGCCGCGGCGGCCACUUACCGCCGCCGCCGCCCGGGCAGGCGCGGGGCGGCACGGGCGAGGACCUGCGCGCCUUCCUGAGGAGUCUCGAACGCCAGUCUUAUGGAGCUUACCAAGAGCUGCGGGGCACGGCCUGGACGCUCCAGCGCGGCGUGCAACUGAAGAUCGACCAGUGCCAGAAGGACGCCUUCGCGCCUCCGUCGAGGUGCCGCGUCGUCUUUGAGGGGGCAGCCGCCCAACUCCCUAAUGAAGCCUACGCGACGAAGGUCUCGCGCAUCGCGACCGGCGACUGGAUUUCUCGUAAAUUCUUCGACGCGGCGCGGUCGGCGGGCGAUGAUAAGAGGACGGAGACGGGCGGCUGGGGCGGCAAGAAGGGCGGCGAGCUAAGAAUUGCGGUCUGCUCGCAGUUCGUGCUCGAACGGACGGCGUGCCUCGUGGAUGGUAGUGGAGGCGUCGAGGUAAGGUUUACCGUGGCGCUGCCCGCGUCCGGGCGGAGCAUCGAGGGCAUCUGGUGCGCGCGCGUGCUUUGUGAACGAGCCUUGGAUCUCGCAUUGAAGGCGGUCGUCGCGCGCGAGGAUGCUGAUCUGGCGAGGCACAUUGCGUCCGUUAUCAAGCAGAGAUCGUUACGAGACGCUCUAGCUGCGAAGGGCCUCGUGGCGUUCAUCGGCGACGGCGCUUUACUAGCAAGGCGGGCGGGGAAUGAUGAUAGGCCCAUGGUCGACGGCGCCGUCGCGUUCGACUCCAAGAAGUGCGGCGGUUUGAGAGUUGAGUUGAAUGGCGUCACGGGCUUAGGAUUGCCGCUGGGCCUGUCGCUGAUUUGUGGCGGCGGCUUCCACGGCAAGUCGACGCUCUUACAAGCGCUGCAGGUCGGCUGCUUCGACAAGGUCCCGGGAGAUGGGAGGGAGUUAUGUGUCAGUGAUCCGAACUGCGUCAAGGUAAGAGCCGAGGACGGCCGGAGCGUGCAGAGCGUGGACAUCUCCAGUUUUAUUGGAGACGUCCCGGGCCGUCCGGCCGGCUUCACGCGAAGGUUCAGCACCUCAGACGCGUCGGGGAGCACGUCGCAGGCCGCGGCGAUCUGCGAGGCCGUCGAGGCCGGCGCGACGACGUUGCUGUUUGACGAGGACACCUGCGCGACGAAUUUCAUGAUUCGCGACGAGCGGAUGGCGCGCCUCGUGGCUGACGAUCGAGAACCGAUCGUGCCCUUCGUCAGACGGGCUGCGGCGCUCUCCACGAAGCAUGGCGUCUCGUCUAUUCUCGUGCUCGGCGGCACUGGCGACUACUUCUCGAUAGCGGACGCUGUUGUUGUGAUGGACGCGUUCUCGCCGCGCGACGCAACAGCGGACGCGAAGGCGCUCGCCGGAGAUCCGCCCCCGAUGCCUGCCGACGCCUUCCGCGCGACGCCGCGCACGCCUAAACCGGGCGUCCCCGACGGCCGCACGGGCUGCAAAGCUUUAUCUAGCUUCCAGUACGGCGACAACAACGACUGCGACGUGUCUGGCGUCGAGCAGCUCGUCGAGGUCGGCCAGACGCGGGCCUGCUGCGCUGCGAUUAUACACGCCGCGAAGCAGCGGCACGCGAGCGUCGCAUCCUUGCUCGACGCCCUUGACGGCCUCGACCUCGACGCGAUCCAGCCGGCGGGCCGCAGGGACGGCGACCUCUCGCGGCCGCGGCGGUAUGAAGUCGCGGCCGCGCUCAAUCGGCUGCGCACCGCGAAGUUUGAGAUCAUAGAAAAGAAGCGCGGCCGCGACGUCAUGGACGAGACGUGAGUAACACUACUAGUAGGA